GAACGUCCCUCUUUUUAUUUAAGAAUCCCCCGUGUGGCAGCUUUUAAUAAUAAUAAUAAUAAUAAUAAUAAUAAUAAUAAUAAUAAAUAAUGCGUUGCACGAAGCACCGGGAAGGCUGCUAUUCCCUAGCUCUGCCUCUUGCCCCCCCCCCUCCUGUUCUUCCUCUUCCUUUCAGAUUUGCUCAGCGAGAAGCAGAAUCUCUUCCAAAUUCAGCCGGAUACGCAGCCCCUCUCCGGAGAAUGACCUGUUUAUCCGUGCGCAACUUUGGGAACGGGUGAGCUCUUUCCCGCGGUCUUUUGGGUGCCCUCCGUUCCAACUCCCCGGGAGGCUCGGAGAAGGGGGUGGGGAAGACCCUCCGGACCGCUUUUUGGGUUUUGGGGUUCCCGCACCCCUUUGCACCCACUCCAAACCAUGGAAGAGAAGGAAAGCUCUCCCAGUCUCCGCUGGGGGAAGCGCAAACUCUGGGUCGCCGUGGCGGCGCUGGAGUUCGCCGCCAUCCUCAUCUUGGUGGCCGGGCUGGCGCAUUUUGCUGCGCACCACGAAAGGGCAACGGAGACAGGGAACUGGGGAGAGGGCAGCAACGCCACCAGCAGCCUGGCCUCCCUGGGAACCGUGAACCGGACCCUGCAAGCCGCCGCGAAGCGCUGGGAGUCGUGCCAGAACCGCACGGUAAGCCGCAAAUAAAAUCGCAGGAUGGUUGCAAAAAAAGGAGAAAGGGAAUCGGAAAGGAAAUGUAACGGAUAAGUUUGUAAACAGGUUGGAAUUGGAUACGCGGUCGCAAGAAGAGGCAAAAUAAGAGAGGGGAGGGCAGAAUGAAGCCAAAGGAAACGUCCUUUUGUUUUGCGUAAAGUCUUUGUUGCUAAAAUAUCUGCGAAACGGGAAAAUAUAGGCGGUUGCAAUCGGAAUUAUCCAACCGCACUUUGCAAAUCUGGUUGAUUCUCAAAGUUUGAAGGGUUCCGGGUGUUUGCAAGGAGCAAAUAUAAGGAAUAAUAAUAAUAAUAAUAAUAAUAAUAAUAAUAAUAAUAUCUGAAGAAGUGUGCAUGCACACAAAAGCUCAUACCAAUAACUUAGUUGGUCUCUAAGGUGCUACUGGAAGGAAUUUUUUCAUUUCAUUUUAAUUUGUUUCGACUACGGCAGACCAACACAACUACCUACCUGUAAUAAUAAAAACAACCCCAUAGUCGCCUUUGACCGGACCUAACCAUGCAGGGGUCCUUUGCCUUUACCUAUAACAAUGCCAAAUUAUAAUACAAUUACUAAUAUCAAUCUAAUAAUAAUAAUAAUAAUAAUAAUAAUAAUAAUAAUAAUUUUUAUUUAUACCCCGUCCUCCCCAGCCAAGGCCGGGCUCAGGGCGGCUAACAAGCAAUAAUAAAAACAAGUCAUACAGAACGGUUUGCAGAAAACCAAAACAAGAAAGGAUAAAGAUAAAAUUCAGUAUAAAACAAACAAGCCACAGCAAUUUAAAGCAGCAGCAGAAAACAUAAAAUCCUGAAAAUGUUUACUGAAAUAAAAUGGUCUUAAUUUUAUUUAUUUUUUAAAGGCGUUUGCAGUAAAGGGGCGAGGUAAAUUUAUUUUGGGAUUCUGAUUCUUCUCCUGGUUCCUACCGAGUUUAUCUCUCAUUUGCUAUUGAUUUUCUUGUGCCUUGUAAUAUAGAAAGGCGAUAUGCAAAUUAAAAGUGAAAGGAAAUCCUUUUUUUUCUCGUUGUUGAUGUUUUGCCUCGGGGCAGAGAGCUCUAGAAGCCAACGCCUCCAGCCUGAGCUCCGAAAUGACCCAGAUCAAGACCCGCUUGGGCCUGGAAGGAACUGGAAAUUAAAGGCCUGGAAGGUGAGAUUCUGGGAUGUUCAAAAGCUUUGGGAAGAUCCUAGGUGGAGGUGGUUUGGGGCUGGAGGGGGCGAGGGAGCGGGAGAGCAGAACUGGGAUCUCAGGCUUGGCGGCCCCCAAACCUCUCCACAUGGCCCUCAGGGGCUUCUUCCCAGGCCACACCCUUUCUUAAGCCACACCCCUCACCUGCUCUACCCGGAAACCUACCCAAGUGCUAUAUCAUCUAUCUAUCUAUCUAUCUAUCUAUCUAUCUAUCUAUCGAUCAUCUAUCUAUCUAUCGAUCAUCUAUCUAUCUAUCGAUCAUCUAUCUAUCUAUCACAGGUCCUUACAAUAUCAGCGAAACAGUUGGUUCUGGCGUAGUAUUAACUGCUUUCAAUUUUAACCUGAGGAUUGUCAUUUGUCCAGUUUUAAUUUUAAUUAAUCGAUUGAUUGCUUGUUUUCAUGCAUAUUGUAUUAUCUAUAUGAUGUUAGCCGCUCUGAGCCCAGCUCUAGCUGGGGAGGGCGGGGUACAAAUAAAAAUUU